GGCGGUAGAGCAAUAGGCAAGAUGCCAACCCUCAGCUCGGGAUUGACUAGUUCCCGUAUCAGCUAAAGCCGUCGGAGAUUUGUCUUACGCACGGGCUAUAAAUGUGUAUAUCGCAAUGCUGAGCGGUUCUUCUCUCCGUCAAUCGGCAGGCAGUACGUACGAACGAAAUGACCGACCUGUCAAAGAUCCUCGAACGACCCUUCGAUCCCGCCUUACCGCAGCUAGCGAAUACAGACAAUGAGCCUACAGAUUGUCGCGUACCUUCGCCAAACAGAAUACAAUCGCCGCAAAGUGUGCAAGCACCAUUUUGUUCUUCUCCCUUCGAGGAUGCGCUCUUCAACAGCGAAUGGAUUGCUUCGCAAAACACUGAACUACAGAAUAUGAUACUUGCACAGAACAGACAGUUGCAAGAUCAGGUCCAGAGUCUCAGCGAGCUAAGUGCUGGCUUCAGAUCCGCAGCCGACGCCAGAGAACAGUGGGACUCAGAGCGACAGCGUUUCCUAACAGAUGCUGCUAACUUCCAUGCUGCCUAUGCUCAGCUGCAGCAGAUGCUGCAUGCUGAACAGAACCAGCACGCAGAAUGUCGUAGACACCUUGAUCAGAAGGACGACAUAAUAACCCUGCUGCGUCAACAGGUCGCGACCCAGCGCGAGGCUUUCGCGGAGACACGGAGUCAUCUGACGCAAUUCACAAACGCCUUCUUCAGUCAUGCACGCAUGCCUUGUUCUGCAGAGGCAGAGAAGGCAUUUGGCGAUAUCCAAAGAUCCUUUCAGAGCGCGCAAGGGAGACUUGCCGAAGAUGUCAAUGUGCUGAAGACUCGCGUCCAACAGCUCGCAGGCAACGCACCGCAAACGCAGUCACCGCUAUGUCUACCGCAGCAGACGAACUCAUAUGUUCCGAUUUAUGGCAAUAGCAGUAUACGUGCUCACGCCGCAUCUGGGCCAGACAGCGAACUCGCCCCUAGGGCAGGACCAUCGGUUCAAGACAACAGAUUACCAUACCUGCAGGCGGUUCAGAGACCUACAGAGACUAGUGGACCAGUCGGCGCGUUCGUAAUGACAACCCCUACCGCAGUUAAUCAAGGUGAUGCAAAGACGAAGCUGAAGAAAGGCAAAGGUCGCCUAGCAGACCAGAAAUAGACUUCCAAGAAUAUAAUGGAAGCACAAACGUUGCUACGCAGAUACUAUUCUUAGCUACUCGUACGGCUGGGAAGGAAGUUAUAAGCAGGCGACUGGUAUCGUUCGAAGCUCUUCAAAGCAACAGCCUACAAUCCAAGACUAGAACUACAGUCAUGGGUACCUUCUCCGUAGCGUUAACCUUCCUUGCCAUCAUCCAACUUAUCGCGGGAAUCGACUUCGACGGCGGCUCGAUUGGAGGACAGUGUACGAACGAUGCCUGUCAGCUAUCACUGUCGGG